AUGCAGCCAGGUCGGGAGACGGAAAAAAGCGGGACAGGAGACGCCGGGGCGCACGAAAGGGAGCGAGGCAUGCAAAGAGAAACCGGCGGAGAAUCGCCCCGGGCUGCGAAUGACGGAGAAGAGAAGACACCCCGCCAGAGCAACCCGCAAGCCGACGCACCUCCCAAAAGGGAAGAAGUCCGCGGAGAGGCAGAGGGAACGGACUCACGACCGCAAAGAGAAGAAGCACUGACGAGCACGCUGCCUGUCGGCCUUGCUGGCGCAAGCGAAAACUGGGAGGAGCGGAGCGGGGGUGAGUCUCAUCGAGAAGAGCGGCAAUCUUCCCCAGGAAGGGAAGAGAUUCAGACGGGCGAGGCGGACGGAGCGCAGGAGCUAGAGAAACUGAAUGAACUUUUUCUUCUGAUGGUGUCUCGCGUUCGACCGCCUCACGGCUCAGCGUGCGGCGCGUUAAAGGAGAUUCUGCGGACGUGCAAAUUCCUGUUUGCCAAGAACCCACCUCACCCCGAUGGACCCGAUUUCAUCAACCGCGUCUUUGGUUUCUUCAUGGUGCCAAAGAACUGGGGUACGGCCGACGAGGAGAAACGCGCCAUCUGCAACGCACUCGAAGAGCAUUUGUUUUUGUUUUCAAAGCGACAGCGAGAGAAGCUGCAGCGGACGAUCGCGCUGUAUCGCGCUUUCUCUUCUCGCCCGACCUUUGAGGGCAGUGCUCGCGGGGACACGCAGGCUGCACGGUGUGCAGACAGCUGCUCCGUCCCCGUCGCUUCUUCCUCCCCUGCUUCGGGUUCUCCGUCUUCGCCCUCCUGUCUUGUCUCGGCUUCGUGUUCUCCCUGUCCUCCGUCCACUUGUGUCCGCUCUCCUGCGCAAGCUGACUCUGGCCUUGCGCCCCCCGUUCAAGCGCCUCCGCAGGGCGUCUCCGCCGCGCCCACUGAGCCUUCCCGCCGUCUUAAUGCGAACGCAGCUUCCGGUAUCGGCUCUGCUUCUUGCUUUGCUUCUUUUUCUUCUGCGUCUUCGUGCUUUGUCAAGGGUGACGUGGUUCAGCCCCUCCAGCAGACAGUGAAUGUCAACCUGUACUACUCCCUGGCCGAGGUCCCAGAGCAGAGUGUGUUGCAUUUGGUGCUCCACGAGCGAGAUCCGGAGAAAGCCACGCGGUUGCUUGAGAGGCUACCCAAGCCGGCGAUUCAGUUCAACUACUUUUUCGUCAAGUCCGAGCCGGUACGGGCGCCGGAGACCAGACGAAACUGCGAUGCGGCCUCGCUGGCGGGAAGCACUUGUGUCGGAUACGACCAGGACUUCCGUGAGCCUCCGAAGCGUCCGGAUGCCCCUUCGUCCACUUCGUCUCUCUAUCCGUGUUUCGCUCCGUCCUCUCCCGCGUCUUCGCGUGUGACGGGGAGAGACGCUAGUGGGGCCUUAGCUGGGGACGAAACCCGUCACGGAGACACGGCUGUGACCGCCUCACGUGAGGUGUAUGUCGCUUCUUUCCCGUGCCAGAAGGAAGCGUCUGAGUCGCUAGAGAGCACGAGAAACGGGGGGACGCAGGCGUACGGACAGUGCCGCCUGGCAGGAUCUCGCCGUAAGCGACGUUUGUCUUCGUCGGUUUCUUGCUCUCGCCGUCUGCCCAAUCCUCGGUCCGCUCAGCUGCGCAAAAGAGGAAAGAAGGCUUGUCGGCGAGGCGACAGAUCUUCCUUCCCUUGUUUUCGGUCGCGUCCUCGAGCUCUUCAAGGUGAACUGCGUCGUCGGUCUUCUCUGUCCGGGCAUGCAUGCGGAGACACGGAAACGAGAUCUCGCUCGCACGGAUCUGCGCACGAGCAGGACGUGCGCACUCCUCUCCACCUCCGGACGGCGCUGCCCUCGCCCAGCUCGUCGUCUGUCCCUGCGUACGCGUCGUCUUUACAUUCGCCCUUUGAGGCACCCGCGUCUCAGCAUCUCUUGGGAGACGGUCGAUUUGUGCACGGAGACGGCUCGGGCCCCGGAAGCGUUGGAGCGUUUGGGGCAGGGGCCGGAGGCGGACGCAUGCAGUUGCCAGGCCAAGGUGGAUCCUCAGUGUACUCGUCUGCUCCUCACUCUCUGGUCAGUUCGUCCUACUGCUGGUUUCCUUCCUACUCCUCCCCACAUGCGCAGCCUGCAGAUUCUGCACAUCCAGGCAUCGCAGCUGCCAGAGGGAGCCGGGAAGCUGAGGACGCACGGCACGGUGCGAGAAGCGAUUCUGAUCUGAUCGAUCCGUACAAGGGCGGUGAUGAUGUCCACAGAGGGGGUAACCUGAGAGCCGAGGACACGCUGAAAGGCAGACGACACCGGCCACAAGGAUCUAUCGAUUCGAAUUCUUCUUCACUCGCGUUCGCUAGCUCCGCUGCUGCCGAAUACUCGCACUAUCGCGCGGGCAGCGAGAGACGCGACUUUCCGGCGGGUGGUCAUCACGCAAGGAGCGAAGAACUGACAGACGGGAGGGCAGACGGUAGUCCCAGAUGGAGAAGAGCGGAUCCCGAAAGCAUUGGAGAAAGAACGGAAUUUGAUAUCAGAGACAGGCGAGGAAGCCGUCGCGGCGAAGGCGACUCACGAGGGCCCCUGUCACAGACUCGAGACCCCUACGGCAAGAUCUCUGCUGUGUUCUAG